AUGUUGUUCAGACCAAUCGCACUUUGUUUCGGGGCUGCAGCGGCCUUAAAGACCCCAGGGUAUAGAAACUCCAGUACAGCUCUGACUACCAUCAAUUAUGGUGCAUUUGUGCCAACCGCAACUUACUCUGUCGCCCAACAACUAGGUUUUUUUGCGGCUUAUGAUUUGGAUGUCGUUUACACUCAGGUUCCUAACUCUACAUAUGCUUAUGCACAGACUCUCAUCGGCGCUUUCGAUAUCCUGACCGGAACCAUCGACAAUGCCGUUAACUUGCGUUUGAACUCAGGCGAAGAACUUACAGUUCUAGGUCAAUUAGACGAAGGUCCUGACUUGGUUCUUGCUUCCGUUCCAAAUAUCACAUCUGUGAAAGAUUUAAAAGGGAAGCCAAUGAUUGUCGAUUCACCAGUUAGUGGAUACGCAUACCUACUACAAAAAGUGUUGAGCGAAUAUGGUCUAUACUUAUCCAAUGGCGAUUACUACUUCAUGACCGUUGGAGGCACCCCUCUCAGAUAUGCCGACCUCGUCGCCGGCGCCCUUCCCAACGGAACAGAAGUGUACGCAACAAUGCUCUUAUAUCCAUUCACAGCCGAAGGAAAAGUUCUCGAUGCCUCUGAGAAGCCCAACAUUCUCGCAACCGUUAGCGAGUUUGUAAACCCUGUCUCUUCCUCUGCUUUCACCACCAGUCAAGCCGCACUCUCAGAUCUUACUCAAGUCGAUAAAUUGACUCGAUUUAUUAGCGCUAUGUACGCCGCCAAUCUAUAUCUUCUCAACUCUACCAAUCAAGCUUGCGCCACAAGUGCCAUUGCAAAUCAGCUGGGCGUCUCGGCCGAAGUCGCUGCGCUUGAAUAUACAUCAGCAACAUCAUCGAGCUCGGGGGAAAUAAGUGCUGGCAGUAACUUCACUGUUAGUGCUACAGGUCUUAUCAAUGUGAUCGACGUUAGACAAGAGUUUGGCGGGUUCAGUAGCUUAUCAUCAUCGUAUGAUUUUAUGGAUGCUAUUGCUCCGGGAACUGGAAAAUUGAUUGAUUACACCAUUAGAGAUGCGGCAGUUGCAGCGCUGAAGACGCAGCUUUUAAAAACCACUUGUUAA